AUGAAGCGCUCCAUCCUUAGCGGCCUUGCCCUGCUGGCCUCCGCCAUGGCCCAGCAGGCCGGUACCCAGGAGACUGAGACUCACCCCAGCAUCACCUGGCAGCGUUGCUCCACCAGCGGCUGCCAGAACGUCAAUGCUGCCAUCGUCAUUGACUCCAACUGGCGCUGGGCCCACGAGGUCGGCGGCUACGAGAACUGCUUCGAGGGCAACGAGUGGACCGGCCUCUGCACCAGCAACGAUGACUGCGCCAAGAACUGCGCCAUCGAGGGUGCCAACUACCAGCAGACCUACGGUGUCUCCACUAGCGGCGAUGCCCUCUCCCUCCGCUUCGUCACCGAGCACGAGUACGGCACCAACAUUGGCUCGCGUACCUACCUCAUGGAGAGCUCCACCAAGUAUCAGAUGUUCACUCUGAUGGAUAACGAGCUCGCCUUCGAUGUCGACCUGUCCGGUGUCCCCUGCGGCAUGAACAGCGCCCUCUACCUCGUCCCUAUGGCCUCUGACGGUGGUCUCUCCACUGAGCCCAACAACGGCGCCGGUGCCAAGUACGGCACUGGUUACUGCGACGCCCAGUGCGCUCGUGACCUCAAGUGGGUUGGCGGUACUGCCAACUACGAGGGCUGGGCCGCUUCCGCCACCGACGACAACGCCGGUGUUGGCCGCAUGGGCUCUUGCUGCGCUGAGAUCGACAUCUGGGAGUCCAACCGCGAGUCCUUCGCCUUCACCCCCCACGCCUGCGAGGACAACAGCUACCACGUCUGCAUUGACACCGACUGCGGUGGUACCUACUCCGAGAACCGCUUCGCCGGCAAGUGCGACGCCAACGGCUGCGACUACAACCCGUACCGUCUCGGCAACCAUAACUUCUAUGGUACUGGCGCCAGCAACACCAUCAACACCAACUCGAAGUUCACUGUCAUCUCUCGCUUCGAGGAGGACAGCGCCUACCAGAUCUUCAUCCAGAACGGCCAGGUCAUCCACCCGCCCGCCCCUGCUCUCGACGGCCUGACCCACUUCGAUGCCGAAAUCACCCCCCAGUUCUGCGAGGACUACCCCAUCAUCUUCGAGGACCGUGACCGUCACGGCGAGAUUGGUGGCCACACCCAGCUCAACGCUGCCCUCCGCAUGCCCAUGGUCCUCGUCCUCUCCAUCUGGGCUGACCACAACUCCAACAUGCUCUGGCUCGACUCCCUCUACCCCCCCGAGAAGGAGGGUAUCCCGGGCACUCUCCGUGGCCGCUGCCCCACGACCGGCCGCACCCCCGCCGAUGUCAUCGCGAACCACCCCAACGCUUCCGUCACCUGGUCCAACAUCCGCUUCGGUCCCAUUGGCACCACCUACAACGUCGAUGGCGGCGUCUCGCCUCCCCCAGGCGGCAGCCCGCCUCCCACCAACCCUCCUCCCACCAACCCUCCCCCCACCAACCCUCCCCCCACCAACCCUCCCCCCACCACCCCUCCUCCUUCGGGCAACUGCGCCGGCAUGUGGGGCCAGUGCGGUGGCCAGGGCUGGAGCGGCCCUACCUGCUGCUCGCAGGGCACCUGCCAGCAGCAGAACCCCUGGUACUCUCAGUGCCUGUAA